AUGGUUAACAGAAGCAUCGAUCAAGAAAGAAGGCAUCAGCAAGGUCGUUGCUACUGCGCUCCCGGAAAAACGACAGUUACAAUGGCCGAUGGAAGAUGGAAAACUGAGCUCAUAUCUGGUGAUCAAAAUGGGAAUAUCUGUGUAUGGGACUUGACUACAAACUCUUGUAGCUAUGAGCUGGUGCCAGAGGUUGAUACAUCAAUGGGAUCAUUGACAGUGAUGUGGACUGGAAGCUUGGUAGUUGCUGCAACAACAAUGGAACUUGUUAUGUUUGGAGGCUCUUACGUGGGACACAGGGCACCAACGAUGGGUAUGGGAUUGGGUGUUUUCUGUAGAUGGUGCUUAUCUCAUUACAGAUAUGGUCACACGAUUGACAAUGAUGUCCUGAUUGUUACUGAAACUCUACAUAAGAGAGGUGUUCAAGAAAUAUUGGAGAAAUUUCACCCUUUGGGGCUGUUUGAUAGAAUAUGCAUGAGCGCUAUAGACCAGUACAUGUGGAUACACCACUUGCUGCAUACUUUUCAGAGUGGUGGAGAUUUUGAUGAAGAUGAAGAUGAUAGUGAUACAGAAGAAGAGAUAGAGAUGAAGAAUGAAGAAGAAGAAGCAACUGGUAAAAUGGAAACUGCAACUGCACUACCAGUUAGCAAUGGAGUUGAGGCAACAGCUUGA